GCAGGUGGAGAGCAAAGUCCCAAAGCACCAAGAGGAAGACUUCCUUCAUGAUAAUAAGAACCUCCAAACGCUUUGGCUGCUGGGAGAUUCCCUACCAGCCUCAGGAACUCCAUCAACUCCUUCAGCGCUACGUUCCAGCAGAGAAGAUGAGCUCAUGCUCGGCGACAGGAAAACCGUGACGUCUUAGCGUGUUCGUUUCCCGGAGAAGCGGCCAAGAACCCCCAGAAAUCCUCCCGGGGGGGGGGAGGGCGGGGGGGCCACCCGACGUUCGGCCAUGUCUGAUGAGAUGCAGGAGUGCAGCACCGAGCUGUGCCUGUCCGUCUACGUCAUCACCUUCGUGCUGGGCUUCCCGGCCAACGUGCUGGCCUUCUACACCUUCUGCGUGAAGGUCAGGCAGAAGGCCACGCCCAUCGACAUCCUGCUCCUCAACCUGACCAUCUCGGACCUCCUCUUCCUGCUCUUCCUGCCCUUCAAGAUGCAGGAGGUGAUGAACAACAUGCGGUGGGACAUGCCCUACCCGCUGUGCCCGCUGUCGGGCUUCAUCUUCUACAUGACCAUCUACAACAGCACCUUCUUCCUCACCGCCGUCAGCGUGGAGCGCUACCUGGGCGUGGCCUUCCCCAUCCAGCACAGCCUGAAGCGCCGGCCGCUCUACGCCGUGGCCGCCAGCAUCUUCUUCUGGAUCUUCUCCUUCAGCCACCUCAGCAUCGUCUUCAUCAUGCCCAUCAUCGGCACCCGGGAGGAGCCUCUGAACGCCACGGCCGCACACAACGUGUCCUCGGCGUCGGCGUCGCGGACGGAUGCCAAGAUGGUGUGCUACGAUAACUUCAGCCCCGCCCAGCUGGAGGUGCUCCUGCCCGUGCGGCUGGAGCUCUGCCUGGUGCUCUUCUGCAUCCCCUUCCUCAUCUGCAGCUUCUGCUACAUCAACUUCAUCCGCAUCCUGUCCAAGCUGCAGCACAUCGACAGGCGGCGCCGCCUGCGGGCCAUCGGCAUGGCGCUGGGGACGCUGCUGGUGUUCGCCGUGUGCUUCGGCCCCUACAACGUGUCCCACGUGGUGGGCAUCCUCACCUGGGAGAACCCCAGGUGGCGAGACAAGGCCCUGCUGUGCAGCACCUUCAACGCCUGCCUGGACCCCCUCAUCUUCUACUUCUCCUCCUCGGCGGUGCGGGGCAGCGUGGGCGGCGCCGUGCGGGGGGUGAAAGGGCGCCUCAGCGGCUGCCUGUCUCGUGGCGUCCUGCGGGCCUGGGGGGGGCGGACCGAGCCCGAGAACAAAGAUAAGGACAGCAAACAGGAGCAGAUCAAUGGCGUCUGAUUUAUUUCUUUACCGUCGCCCGCAGGAAAUGAAUGUUGAUGUUUUCACACGUGAGGCCGCCGUCUCGCUUCCUGGCAAAGCCGCGACGCAACGCGACACGCCGCAACGCACACGAGCUCACACGUUGUAUACGUGCUCUACUGCAUAUGUACUGUAUGUACUGUGGAUGUAUGCUAUAUUACAUAUGUAUUCCUUUUAAUACUAAUACCCUGUCCUUGUGUCCAAUUGCUACUAUGGUGUACUUUGGACGUAUACACUGCAACUCUGCAGUAAUACUAGUAACGUAUAUCAUAUAGCACAUUGCCAAACAUAGUAGUAACACGAAGGAGGGGGACAGAGCUAAAGUGCUAACAUUACAUUAUAACAUCGUGCUAGCAUAGCUAUGCUAUGCUAAAGUGCUAACAUUACAUUAUAGCAUCGUGCUAGCAUCGCUAUGAAAUGCCAAAGUGCUAACAUUACAUUAUAGCAUCGUGCUAGCAUAGCUAUGCUAUGCUAAAGUGCUAACAUUACAUUAUAGCAUUGCGCUAGCAUCGCUAUGAAAUGCCAAAGUGCUAACAUUACAUUAUAGCAUCGUGCUAGCAUAGCUAUGCCAUGCUAAAGUGCUAACAUUACAUUAUAGCAUCAUGCUAGCAACAUGCAAACACUAAUGUACAAAACAUUCACACCUACUUUACUAUUUUAUACACGGUCAGCAUACUUGCUAAUACUGUAUACUGUAUAUCGUAUACACGUGGGUAUUUGGAGGUAUUAUUGUAGUAUUAUUAUUAUUGUACAUAGUGAGGUAUACAGCGGGUAUUAUUGUGCUAUUGUACAUAGUGAGGUGUACAGCGGGUAUUAUUGUGGUAUUGUACACAGUGAGGUGUACAGCUGGUAUUAUUGUCCAGAUGUAUUUGUCCAGCUGUUUGGUCCUUCCCUUCAUUGUGUACUUCCUGGAAGAACGGAGUGUUGACGUUCCUAAUAAAGCGUCCAA